UACCAGCUCCACCACGACUCUGGCCCCGGCUUCUAUUUCUUGACAAUUCAUUGGCAGCUCAUUGGGACACGCAGUUUUCCUUUUAUUGCUGUCCCCACACUGAGGGUAUGGAGUUCUUGCAGGAAUUCUGUGUCUCAGAAAGGGAUGACAUGGGCCCUCCCCUAAGGCAGGAGUGGCUGAUGUUAGGGGGGGCCCAAGAGACAAGGUGUACAGCAGUCAGGAAGCUGCCCUCCACCUCCUCUGCCGAAUGCUAACUGGUGACAUCCAAUCGUCUAUGGCAGGCCUGGCCCAGGGCGGGGGACUCCCAAGCAUGGCCAGCCCUGGCCCCUCCUGCCAGUGGAGAAGGCGCUGCCCAAGCCUGAUGCUAAUCUCUCCUGACAGAUGCUCCCAACGCUGGCAGGACGGUGGGGGAAGGGACCAGAUUAAAGGUCCAGCUGCUCCGCCUCUGCCCAGAGCCAGGCAGAAGAGCACGGCUGAGCAUCCCAGGCGGGCACAGUUCUCGUGCACGUGUGAUGUCAGGGGGCCUCUGCCCUGCUUCCCUACUGCUUCGUACUGCCAACGGCACUGGUCUUCACAUCCCUGCCCCCCUACAGGCCUUCCAGGAAGCCAGUAGCCCCCGCCACCAUGCAAUUCCGACGCCUGACCCCUGGCUAUUUCCGGGUACUACAGGUAAGUACCUCUAAUGCCUGGCUUUUGCUACCACCCGCCCCUUCUUCCCCCCACCACGACUGGACCCAUAGCCUGCGCAGCCAGGGGCUGUCACGUUCCUGGCCGCCUGAGCAGCCAGGGCCCAGAUGGGCAGUGAAGCGAGAGGAAUGGGGUGUAACCUCCCUGGGGCAGCAGUGGACUGCCACAGCUCCUUCUCCCAGCAACACCUUCCAGCCCUGCCCUGCCACCCCCAACCUAGAAAUCUCAGCUGUGCCUUCAGGCACCCCUCCGUGCACCCCCAGAUGCAGGUGGCCGGGCAGCUGAAGGCAGAGCCGCGGAGUCCGCUGGCUGGGGUUGCGGCUGCACUGCUGGCUGUUCUUGGCCUGGGGGGUUCCUGCUACGCUGUCUGGAAGAUGGUGGGGCAGCGGCGGCGGCCUCCACAGGCCCCCUGACGAAGUCAGCAGC